AUGCACUCCCAUCAUUCCCACUCGGGGGAGUUUUGCAAGCAUGCCAAGUCGACGCUGGACGAGGUCGUAGCAUGUGCUGCUGAGCUAGGGUUUACCCACUUUCACUUGUCGGAACAUUCUCCUCGCGCCCUUCCGGAGCAGCUGUACCCUGAAGAAGUCGAGGCUGGCCUCACGCCGGAAGGGCUCAACGACCAGUUCCAAGCGUACUUGAAAAAGGCGCGCGCACUGCAGAAACAGUAUGCGGAUGCUCCAAAGCCCAUGCACAUCCUAGUAGGGUGCGAGACGGAAAACAUCGUGUCGCCCCAGAGUGUCGACUAUCUGUACCAAGUCUUGUCCGCUGAGGGCGAGUCCGAGUCGCCGCUGCCUCCCCCUGCUGUCGGUCUGGGCAUUGUGGAAUACAUGGUCGGGUCUGUGCACCAUGCCCACGGCAUUCCGAUCGAUUUCGACGUACCGACAUUUGAACGUGCCCUUGCGCACAGCACGAGCGCGAGCGCGCCCACGAACGACCCCGCGGCGUAUUCUGCGCUCCUGUCCAACUACCUGGACGCGCAACUCGAGGUCAUGGGCCGCCUGCGCCCCGAAGUCAUUGGGCACUUUGACUUGUACCGCCUCUUUACCCCCAAAGCCCCCUGGCUCCCCUCGGCGACCACGCCCAGCGGUGCUGCGCUCUAUUCUAAGCUAGAGCGCAAUAUUCGGUUUGCUGCGAGCUAUGGGGCGCUGUUUGAGGCAAACUCGGCGGCGUUCCGCAAAGGAUGGGACGGCGAGACCUAUCCUGGCAAAGAGAUCCUGCGCAUGAUCCGCGCCGCGCACGGCCGCAUCGCCCUCUCGGACGACUCGCACGGUGUCCAGCAAAUUGCGCUGAAUUAUGCACGCCUACGUGACUAUCUCAUCGCAGAAGGCGUCGAGGAAAUUUGGUACUUGGAACGCGACAGCACGCCUUCCGAGCCCCGCGCGCUCUGGGACGCGUUCCACGACGCUGAAAACGCGCGCAAGGUGCGCGAAGCCAACCCUACCCCCGAUGCCCCCUGUACCUUUGCCCGCGGCACGCGCGCGGUGCGUCUCGACGCAUCCUGGCGCGACGCGCCCUUCUGGCGAGCGCUGCCUGCGGCGCGCUCCACAUAG